CAGCUGCAGUGAAAACCGUAACGUCUCUCUCACUCUUUGAACACAAUCUCUCUGCCUCUCACAAUGACCACUAAUCUCCCAUUCUCAAUUACCCUGAAACACAUACUCUCUAGCUUCGCAUCUCUCGUCUUAAUCACUCUCUUCUUCAUCACCAGAACCAGUUUCUCACCGUCUUCUUCAAUUCAGCCUCCGGACAACAAGACUCUCCGGAUCUCCAACUCCUCCACCGGGACUAAAUCACAUAGCCAAGAAUCCGUAAGUUGUAACAAGAUCCCUCCUUCGCUUGCCGACGCUCUGAUCCACUAUGCCGCCUCCAAUGUCACUCCCCAGCAAACACACUCCGAAAUCUCCGUCACCAAGAAGGUCUUAGAGAAGAAAUCGCCGUGCAACUUCCUCGUGUUUGGUCUUGGUUACGACAGCUUGAUGUGGUCGACGUUAAAUUACGGAGGAAGAACCAUUUUCUUAGAAGAAAACGAGUCAUGGAUCCGUCAAAUCGCUGAGAAGUUCCCUUCUCUGGAAUCGUACCACGUCCGGUACAAUACCAAGGUAAGAGACGCGGAGGCUCUGAUGGCGGCGGCGAGAGAUAAAGAAGAGUGCCAUAGCGUGUCGACUGAUCCUAGGGUUUCCGCGUGCGAUCUUGCGUUGAAAGGCUUACCUGAGGUGGUUUACGAAACAGAGUGGGAUUUGAUAAUGGUUGAUGCUCCGACGGGGUUUCAUGAAGAAGCUCUGGGGCGGAUGACGGCGAUUUAUACGGCGGGGAUGAUGGCGAGGAGAUGGAAGGAUGAAGGAGAGACGACGGAUGUGUUUGUGCACGAUGUGGAUAGGAAAGUGGAGGAUGAGUUCUCAAUGGCAGAUUACUUGACAGAGCAAGAAGGACGGCUCCGCCAUUUCACGGUGCCUAGUCACCGGGGCUAUGGUGUCUCCGGCGGUAAAUUAUGUCCCUAAUUUUAUGGUUUGCUGAUGCUUAAAAUGGUAAGAGUAUAUGUCCGGAGCUCCAUAGCCUUCAGAGAUUAAUUAGUUUGAGCUUUGGACAGCUGUUAUUAUAUGUAUAUGGUUUUUUAUAAUUUCAUAAUUGAUAUAUAUAUAUUUGUUAAGAAAAGAAAAGACAACAACAAGUAGAUUGAUUUGGACCGUUUGGUGACAUAGUAAAUGUUUUCAAAA